GCCACUCCUCCUUGUUUGGUUGGCCCAUCACAACAGCAUGAAGGACCUGCCAAAUGGUGAUGCAGGUUUCCCUCACAAUCACACUGGCUGUGGAUUUCCCGAUCUGGAAGGCGUAGUGCAGACUGGUCAACGAUUGGCCUGUAGCUAAAUAGCUGUAAAAAAUGAGUGUAAAGCAAAUAAUAAAAUUAAUGGAUGUAAUUUUAUUUGUAUUAUAGUAAACAUCCUCAAAAGCAAGUGGAAGAGCCUCAAAGAUGCCUUCAUUCGUCAUCGGCGCAAAGAGAAGGAACAGAGGAGUGGAGCUUCGCCAGGUGCACGGUCCAGCUAUGUCCAUGCGGAGGAAAUGGCCUUUCUUAUCCCAUGCACUGAAAUGCGUAGCACCGAUAGUAGCUGGUCGAAAAGACAACAGCAGGAGGAGGAAGAGGAGGACGUCACCAGGGACAGUGAGGCCUGUGCAUCUACGGGGCCACUAAGUCCACCUCCAACCGAUCCCACCCCUACAUUCCAAACACCCUCACAGCCUGCACCACCUGUCGUGGAUCCCGAAAACAUUCGGACUCACCGUUCAAAACGGAAAAGAUCCGAUCGCCAGGAGGACCGCCUAAUUGCAUGCCUGGAUGCACUUGCGCAUCCUGCACCCAAACUCACUAGUGAUGCCCAUUUCUUACUGAGUUUGGAGACUAGAAUGCUGCUAGUUCCCCCAAGUCGCAAUACUGAAGCGAGGGAAACCUUAACAAGGGCCCUAGACAGCUUCAUUCCACAUGAUGACUUCACACAGCCCAACAAUGCACCACAACAUCCACCACCACAUCCACCACAAUAUCCACCACAACAUCCACCACAACAUCCACCACCCACUCACACAUACACAUCACAAACAUACCCACAAACUAACAUACCACACCCUCACGACACGUGGCACACACAACCACAAUCAUCAUACAGCUAUGCCUCCACUAGCAUGGGCACCAACACCUCCACCACCACUCAAAUGCAACCUGGCCAGCAAUCAGGCGGAAUGAGAGAGCCCAUGCGGGAUAACGAGCCACAAUACCAAAACCUGUGAGAAGUGGCAUACUUAAUUUGGUGCAUCAGGGGUGUUCUUCCUUCAUUGUUAAGAUCGGUACAUUACCGAUUAGUUUUUAUGUAUAAAUUACAAAAGUUCUGUUGAUUGGGUUAAACCCAGUUUGCAAAUUGUUUGAGGAACUGUAAGAUGUGAUUACUUUUCCAAAAUAUAAAAACUUUUGCAAACAUUUUUGAACUCUUAUUUAGAACAGA